AUGAUGAAGGUGCUAAUCCAGAUGAGACAGUGGCUGAACAAGGAGAUGCGAAUGUUGAUGAUGGAGAUGAUGUUGUUGAGGAUGCAGGUGAUGGUCGUAAUGACGACAGGUUUAGCUGUGGGAAGAGAUGCUGACAACAGAAUGUAUCCGAUUGCAUGGGCGUUGUUAGAGGUGAGAAUAAAGACACUUGGGGUGGUUUAUUAA